CCCCCGCCGUGUCGGGACCGGCCGGGCAGGAUGGGACCCCCCUCCCGGGAAUGCUGAGCACCAGGUCAGAGGACGGAGCAAUUGGGCUGGAGAACAAUAGCGGCGCUUGGAAAACAAUGGAGCUGCCGCACCUUGGCGCGUAGGGAUGCGGGAAGGACGCGGGGAAGGGAUCCCAGCCCCGGAGUAGCGCCUGGGCCGGAGCCCCCAUCGCCAGCACCGCGAAGGAGCAGCCGGGACGGGCUCAGCUCCCAUGACAGGAGUGCGGGGGGAUGGAUUACGGAGGUGGAGAGGACCUGGUUCCCUGUGGGAAAGAUAAAUUCAUCUCCAAGAAUGAGCUGCUCCUGCACCUGAAGACCUACAACAUCUACUACGAGGGGCAGAACCUGCAGCUGCGGCACCGGGAGGAGGAAGGGGAGCUCAUCGUGGAGGGGCUGCUGAACAUCUCCUGGGGGCUGCGGCGCCCCAUCCGCCUCCAGAUGCAGGACGACAACCAGCGCAUCCGCCCACCCCCCUCCUCCUCCUCCUGGCACUCCGGCUGCAACCUGGGAGCCCACGGGUCCGUGCUGAAGCCCAGCACCCUGCCCGACAUCCAGGUGACUGAUGCAGAGGCCGCGCCCAACACGGAGGCUCCCGGGAAUGGCACAGCCCCCAGGCCGGCGGAGGAUGCCCCGCAGCUGAUGCGGACGCGGAGCGAUGUGGGCGUGCGGCCCCGGGGCAGCUCCCGCACGGCCGGCGAGCAGCGGCGCAUCCGCCGGCACCGCUUCUCCAUCAACGGCCACUUCUACAACCACAAGACCUCCGUGUUCACGCCCGCCUACGGCUCCGUCACCAACGUGCGCAUCAACAGCACCAUGACCACCCCCCAGGUCCUCAAACUGCUGCUCAACAAAUUCAAGAUCGAGAACUCGGCGGAGGGGUUUGCUCUGUACAUCGUCCACACCAGCGGAGAGAAGCAGAAGCUGCGGGGCAGCGAUUACCCCCUGAUCGCCCGGGUGCUGCAGGGCCCCUGCGAGCAGGUCUCCAAGGUUUUCCUCAUGGAGAAGGACCAGGUGGAGGAGGUCACCUAUGACGUGAGUAGAGCCGGCACGAGGCGGGGCAGGAUGAGGCCCCUGGACGGCUGGUGCUGGGUGGUGAUGCUGCUCCUCGCCCUCUUCAGCGACGUCGCUGGCGGCCGCCGCGGGGGCGGCGGGAGACCCGGGGGUCGCGGAGGCGGCGGAGGGGCCGGGGGGCUCCGCGGGGGCUUCCGCGCCGUGUCCCGCGGCGGGGGCACCCCCGGGCGCGGCUCAAAGGUGGCCGGAGCCAUCGCGGCCGGGGCCGCCGCGGGUUACGGGAUGGGGCUGCUGGGGCGCCCGCGCCCGUCCCGCCUCGGUCACGGCAUCCCCGCGGCCCGGCAGCCCCCACCCGCGGGAGGGUUCCACGCCGCCAGCUGGCCGGACGUGGGGGGCAAGCGGGGACCCCCCAGUCGAGCCCCCCGGCACCGCGGAGGCAUCGGCCUGGCCCUGCUCUUGGCAUCCACCGCCUGCCUCGUCAGCCACGGGAUGCAGCGCUGA